AUGCAACCCACAACUUCCUUCGCCGCAUUCCUUGCGGCUACCAUGGCCGUGGUCGAUGUGGCCUCCGCUUUCCCGACCAUCCCUCCCCGGGUGCCGGUCCCCGUCUCUGGCACUGCCUCUCUGAAGCAAGUGCGCAACGUCAAGUACAAGGGCAGGAGCAAGACCGGCCCCGUCCAACUCCAAAAGGCCUACCUCAAGUACGGCGCCGCCAUUCCCGACGAACUGUCUACCGCCGUCUCCCGCAUCCGCAACAAGAUCAUGUCCGAGCUCCAGGGUGUUCGCCUCCCUAGCCUUCCCAUCAAGGACAGGAGGGCCACUGGAUCUGCGAGUGCUACCCCCGAGGAGUACGACGUUGAAUACCUCACUCCAGUCCAGAUUGGCUCGCCCGCUCAGACGCUUAUGCUCGACUUCGACACGGGCUCCUCCGACCUUUGGGUGUACUCUUCCGCUACUCCUGCUAGCGAUGUCAACGGACAGGAGGUGUACAACCCCGGUGCCUCUAACACUAGCUCCAAGCUCCAGGGAUCGACUUGGGACAUUAGCUACGGUGACGGCAGCUCUUCCAGCGGAGAGGUCUACUAUGACAACGUGACUGUCGGUGGCCUGUCGGUCUACCCCAUGGCUGUUGAGGCCGCAACUGAUGUUUCUGCUGAGUUCACGGCCGACACCGACAUCGAUGGUCUGCUCGGCCUGGCUUUCGGCAAGCUGAACACUGUUUCGCCCACAAAGCAGAAGACCUUUUUCGAGGCUGCUAGAGCCACGCUCGACAAGUAUGUCUUCACGGCUGACCUGAAGGCUGGACAGCCUGGUACCUACAACUUUGGCUUCAUCGAUGAGUCGGCUUACACGGGCGACAUUGAGUACAUCCCCGUCGACAGCUCCGACGGCUUCUGGACCUUCAACACGACCGGCUACCAGGUUGGCUCCGAUACCUACAAGACAGACGCCAUCACUGCCAUUGCCGACACCGGCACCACGCUGAUGCUUCUGCCCACCGACGUCGUCAAUGCCUACUACUCCGCUGUCAAGACUUCCAGCUACGACCGAGUCAACGGCGGCUACGUGUUCCCCUGUGACACCGACCUUCCGGACUUCAGCUUCGGUGUCGGCAAAGCCACUGUCACCGUUCCUGGCAGCUACAUCAACUACGCACCCGUUGACAGCGCCAACAGCAGCUGCUACGGUGGUAUCCAGGACGACAGCGGCAUCGGCUUCGCCAUUUUCGGCGAUGUCGCCCUGAAGGCUGCGUUCGUCGUCUUCGAUGGCGAGAACGAGCAGCUUGGCUGGGCCUCCAAGACCCUCUGA